AUGGUGUCUGGCCAUCUGCAGGGGGAACUGCUCAAGCUACUGACCACGCUAAGCGGGGCGAAGCGUGUGCUGGACAUCGGCACUUUCACGGGCUACUCUGCAUUGGCUUUCGCUGAGGCGUUGCCAGAAGACGGGGUGGUCGUUACUCUAGAGUCCGACGCGAGAGCGGCGGAGACCGCGAGAGGUCACUUCGCUUCCAGUCGAGACGGUAAGAAGAUCCGGCUCUUGCUCGGCCAGGCGAUGGAUACCAUCGAUCAGUUGAUCGAAGAUGAAGACCCCCCGCAGUUUGAUGUCAUCUUCAUCGACGCGGACAAAAAGAGGUACUGGGACUACCUUGAGAAGGUGCUCUCCGGGCCACGGCCCUUGUUAGCCCCUACGGGACUGCUGCUAGCCGACAACGUCCUCUUCCACGAGCUGGUGCCAUUAGCCGAGGCCAUGGCGACGGCCACAACAGGGGAGGGCGAAGAAAUUUCGCCGCCGGCGAUGGGGGGGGAGGGAGCAAGGGCGGUGGGAGCGGGCGUGCUCGCGCCCACGUCUAGGAGGAUGAAGAUCGCAGAGUCGUUGGACCGGUUCAACAAGCGCGUCAAGGAGGACGGUCGGGUGGAGGUGCUGAUGCUGCCGUUGAGGGAUGGCUUGUCCGUCGUCAGGUGGCGGGCCGGGGGGUAUCCCGCACGUUAA